AUGGAUAUAAGCGCCGCAACUAACUCAUCAGAGAAAAUUGCUGACGUCAUUAAAAAUAUAUCGCGAGUCAACAACGUUCUUCAGGAGUUGAUACAAAACUAUGAACACUUGCAAAAUAUAUACAAAUCAAAAGAAAUUUUCGAAGUCACCGAAGGCAUCUUGUUUCGAGAGAAAAAUGUAAGUAAUACUAAGAGAAAUUCGUUUGCAGUAACAACAAUGAUUUUGUCCGACGAAGAAAGAACUUCAGAAGAACCCUCUGAGGAAACAAAAGAAGUUAACGCUGAAACUAUACCAAGGAUAACGGUAAACAUGGAUUUAACUACAAUAGAAAGAGUUUCAUCAUCUAAAAAAGGUAGAGCCCAAGUAAUAUUUAUCAACACUCGGCAAAAAAUAUUAGACAUGAAAGAGAACCAAACGCAAGUACGAAAUGCAACUAAGAAAACAAGAUUUAGCAUUCAGAAAAGUGGUCCAGAAGGAGGCGAAACAAAUAAACCAAAAUAUUUGUUACCCUACACAGACGAAGACAUAAAUAAUUUUACUAUGACUCCAACAACAUUAUUAAGUACUAAACGCAUACGUAAUGAAUACAGACCCUCAACUGGUACCUCCAAAAACAUGUUUGAUAAAUUAGAGUUAAAUAACGCAAGAACUACAACAAUGACAACAGGUACAAUGAAAGAGAAAAUAAAGAAUUCUCAAGGCAUGAUGUUUAUUUUGGGAGACCAGAUAUAUAGCAACUUGAGUAAGGUAACAAACAACGUUCAAUUUUACCAUAUUAGUGAUAGAACUUUGGUGGCACCUAAUAAGAAAUCAAAUAAAACAGAUAUAAUGCUAAUGAUGGAGUCUGAAUCUGCCUCUGAUGAAGGAGAAGAAGACAAGUCUUCAAAAGGUUCUUCCGAUGAAGGAAAGCUACUUGCCAAGGAUAUUGCCAGGACCAGUAUACUAAGAAAGGAAUAUGGUGACGCUUGCUUGAAACUGGUUGUAAGAAAAUGUUACAAGGCAUGCAAAUCCGCGUUAAAAGCGGUAUGUCGACAUGCUCAUUGCAAGGCUGAUUUCAAAGUGGUGUAUAACAAGAAGUAUAAAGAGAGCUGCGAUACAUUAUUCGCCGAUGUUGCGCUACGAACCGCUGAUCAAAUUAAUGAAAAUUCUCACGGCUACUUGACCACAGUUUGUCAACCGCCGCAGCCAAAUACGCCAAAACUCGCCCAAAAAACAGAACCAACGACCAACACAACAGCGUACGAAAGAAACCUUCACAUUCUCAGAGUUAGAUACGAAAAAGCUUGCAUCAAAACAUCUCGAGAGAAAUGCAAAGACGCAUGUACAUUUUCUUAUACUAAAGCUUGCGAGAAUAACAAAUGUAAAAAGAAGAAAUUGGAUAACUUCAGUAAAGAAUGCAGUCGACAGUGUAAAAUAGCUUUUAAAUUCGAAGGCAAGAAAAAGAGUUCCAGCAGUUCAAGUAGCUCUGAUAGCGAUGCCGAUAGCGAUGAUGAUGAUGAUGAUGAUAAAUGA